CUCACAACUUCUCCGACCUCCGGCAAGGUGAGUAAUACUCUCUACUUGCAAUAUUCGAGCUAGCCGAAACUUCCUGCAUCACGUGACCGUGUCCGUUCACCGAAAUACGUCUUAUCUAAGAGGCGCAAGCGCCAUUCGGUUCUUAUCUGGGAAAAGGGAGGCGCGGCUAUAACCAUGGAUCCCAGUGUACUCGCCAACAUGGACAAGGACGCACUGAAGAAGCAGAUUGAGAACAUGAAGUACCAAGCCAGUAUGGAACGAUGGCCUCUGUCGAAGAGCAUCACCGCGAUGAGGGAGUACGUGGAGGAGAACGAGAAGACUGACCCAUUGAUACACGCGCCCGACAAGAAGAACAAUCCCUGGGCAGAGAGAGGAAAAUGCAUAAUCAUGUAAUCAGGACGUAGAGAACCGAGUGGGACGAAGGAGAAGAGGCGGGAAACAUACACGAUGUACGAUCCUACCGUGUCACGGGGAAGCGGAUCGUUUAACCGCAUUUAAAACAGAACUAAACACAAGAGAGAAACAAACCGAACGUAUAAAAGGGAACAAAACGUAGAGCCAAAGGGAAAAUAUGUAACAGAUAAGCAAGACGUCGAAACGGCAAAGUAUUCAGGACGGACGAUAAGGAGAAGAUAAGAUGGAAGUGACGGGCGAAUAGAAGCUGCAUCUAAUUCUUCUUACGCGGCUCUCCCGUUCACUCUUAUCGGGCCGAAUCUGAAGAUUUAUUAUCGUAGAACGUGAAUCGAGAAAGCAUCGCAAUUAAUUGGUUGAACUUUCGCCCCGUGCGCCUCGCAAGUUCUACGUUUCUCUCUGUUUGUCCGCCUCUUUCCCCUUCGUUUUCCUCUUCUGUUAGCAUCGUCCCGCUCUCUUUUGAAUGAGGACCCGAGGGACGAAGGAUCCCGGGUGAAACAAGGACGUUUGAGAAGAAAACAUGGACGGUGAUGAUUUUUUAAUCCGACCGGACGGAGGAGAUCUCGCUUCGCCAUGUCCGAUUUCACGAGCCUCCGGGCCGAGUUCCGAUACAAUCAAUUCCAAUUCGAUUCCUAUUCGUUUUCGAAAGGGCAACAGUACAGAAAGAUGAAGUGCUUUAACGAACAAAAUCGUGUGCAAUUCGAACCCAUGUUAUCGUACGGAAAACUCUUUUCGAAUCGUUCAUUGUAUCGCGUAAGGAUUAAUUUAUCUAUUAUUAAGUACACAAUUGUAAUGUAACGUCAUUAUUAUAUGUACACACGUUACGCCAUUAUGUCGUACGAUUAAUACUAUGCUAUGCAUAUAUUUCCGCGAAUUUCUUACGAAAAUAUAAUAUAUUCACAUCGUUUAA